GGAAGUGGGGACGGGGCCGACACCAUGCUGCAGCAGGACAGUGCUGAAGACAUUGAGGAUGUGUCUCUCUUUGAUGCAGAUGAUGAUGCAUCCAGGAGAUCCAAAAAGUCAAAAAUAAGGCAUCCAGUGGCAUCAUUUUUCCACUUAUUCUUCCGAGUCAGUGCGAUAGUUGUCUAUCUGCUCUGUGAGCUCUUAACUAGCAGCUUUAUUGCCUGCAUGGUGACAAUUAUCCUCCUUUUGUCCUGUGACUUUUGGGCUGUAAAGAACGUCACAGGGAGACUGAUGGUUGGCCUUCGCUGGUGGAACCAGGUGGAUGAUGAUGGGAGAAGUCACUGGAUAUUUGAGGCCAGGAAGGUAUCAGCACAAGGAAGUAAAACCUCAUCAGAAGCAGAAUCUCGCAUUUUCUGGUUGGGUCUGAUCACCUGUCCCAUGAUCUGGGUGAUAUUUGCCUUCAGUGCUCUCUUCUCCUUCAAAGUGAAGUGGCUGGCAGUGGUGGUGAUGGGAGUGGUGCUCCAGGGUGCCAACCUCUAUGGCUACAUCAGGUGUAAAGUUGGCAGUAGAAGGAACCUGACGAGCAUGGCCACCAGCUACCUCGGGAAGCAGUUCCUGCGGCGGACCAUGGCAAAAGAGGACCAGCCAGCAUCCUGAGUGUGGCAGCAGCCUGCAGCCAGACCAGAUUCACAGGAGUGGACAGCAGAGGACAUUGUUCUGCCAGUGAGAUUUAGGAGCUGCAUACCUGAAGUGUGCAUUCAAAGAAGUAAAUAAAUUGUUCAAGACUUCAGGUUAUCACUCCUAGCAACUUAGAUUUCAUUUGCCAUUAGCAGCUUGUGUUUCAGUCCUUUCUUUUAGUUUGAUUAAUUUGAAUUCAUUCGCCUCAACUUUAAGAAUUAUCCUGAGGUGGCUCUUGUGCAGGCUUAGAACUGCUGGGUGGAUUAAGAGAAAAUUGCUGGACAUCCUUCUUCAGAAAAACUUUGUGCAGGCUGAGCCCUCUGUUGCCCAAGAACUCCCUCAACUCCAGCAGCUGGUGUCUCCAGUAGUUUCACUUGUGGUGUUUGUGGUUGGGAGUUGUGGCUGCAGCUCAUGGGGAGUUCAGGGGCCAUUUGUCUCCCAUUCUGUCACUGGCAUGGCACUGAGGGAGUGCAGUGGAGGACAGCUAAAGGCAACAUUGCUGUUGGCUUAGUGGGAAAAUGAUUGAAGCCUUGUAGAAACUGCAGAGGCUUCUGAGCAGCUUCAGCCUUUUUGUUGAUCUGAAGUGUUCUGGGAGAUGUGGGUAACACCUCAGACUUUGGGGCAGGGCCCCCUGUCACCUGCAGAGAGCACAGCAGGGAGAAACCAGCUUAGGAGGAAGGUCACAGCAGGAUUUUGGAGGCAGUCAGUUGAAGAGUGGUCUGCAUCUGACUGAUGCUGGUGGAGCAGUGCCCUCUGGGCCAUUGGAGCCAUAGAUCUUUCCCUCAGGCCAGGGGGCUGUGGGCUGAUGGGAUCUGCAGUUUCCUCACCAACCCCUUGGCCAAAGUCUGCCCAGAGGGGACCCACAGGCUGUGCCAGUCCUUGAGUCCAUGCACUGUGCUGGCAAAGCCCUGCUGCCCCACGGGCUGGGUGACAACACACAGGCUGCCAGUGUUGAGUGAGGCUGCAGAACGUGAUGUGUUCUGUGUGCAGAGCUGUGUGCAAGGGAGCAGCUCCUUCUCAUGUCCUGCUGUUGAAGGUAGAUGGUGCUUCCUAAGCAAGGGGUGCUUUGAGCAUGGGCUGGGGGAUUUGAGGCUCAGAACGUGGUUCCCAUUUGACUCACGGCCGUGGUGAACUGUGGUGUUCUGGUAUGAGGUUUCUCUCCUGUACUGCAGCAAUACAAUACUUGGGGGCUGGAGGUUUGUUUAACUCUUUGGAUUGACACCUUCCUUUUGUAAAUGUGUAUUUAUAAAAUCUUGACAUUAAAAUAAUUCUUUGUUUAACCAGACCAGAAA